UCUAUGGUCAAAUUUUAUAGGUUAUAUAUCAAAAAUUAGUUUAAUAAAAAAAUAUUAACAAAAUCGGAUGGAUAAUUUAAUUCCAACUAAAGAAAGUAUUCGUCCUGCUUGUAAAAAAUGUGGUUACGCAGGUCACCUUACAUAUCAGUGCAGAAACUUCAUAAAAGUGGACCCCAAUAAAGAAAUUCUUUUAGAUGUCAGUAGCACCAGCAGUGAUUCUGAAAUGGAUUAUUUAACACCCCUAACGGAAUUACGCGAAAAAGAGUUGAAAGAUAAACUUAAGAAAUCCAAAACUAAACAUAAAAAGGAAAAGAAAAGAAAACACUCUUCAGAUGAUUCAAAUAGUGACAGCGAAGAGAAGACAAGUAGGCACAAGAAACGUAAAAAAAAGAGGAAAUAUAGUGAAAAUGCUAAGUCUUCGAAGGACUCUGAUAAUGAUAAAAAGACUGCCAAACACAAGAAGCACAAAAAACAUAAGAAGAAGUCAAAGCAUUCAGAUUCAUCAGACUGAUAGAGAACAAAUUUUGAUACAUAAAUACCUCUAUUAUGCUUAUUUACAUUUUAAUAUAUUGUACCAUAUUUUAAGCAUCUACAUAUAUAAUAAAAUAAAGAAAAGUAGAGAGCA